AUUCGGCGCCAUUUGAACAUGUGAAAGGGACUGUUUGAAAGAUAAUUUGGACUCUUUAUUGAGGAAAAAUAAGGAAACAAGUCCAACAAUUGAACCGGUGGAUACACGUUGCUGAUUUGAAACCAUGGAGCUGAAUGAAUCUACACUGCAGUCCUUGGCUGGCUACCUACAACAAACACUGUCCCCAGAUCAAUCAGUGCGGCGACAAGCGGAGAAGUUCCUGGAGUCUGUAGAGAUUCAGCAGCACUACCCUUUACUACUGCUUCACUUGUUAGAUAAAGAUAACGUCGAGGUGCACAUUCGUGUCAGCUCAGCAGUCACCUUCAAAAACUAUACUCGUAGAAACUGGCGUGUGGAUGAUGGAACAGAUAAGAUUCACUCACAAGAUAGAACAACUAUUAAACAACAAAUUGUUGGUCUCAUGCUGAAAAGUCCUGAACAAAUUCAAAAGCAGUUAAGUGACGCUAUCAGCAUCAUAGGCCGUGAGGACUUCCCAGCCAAAUGGCCAGACCUUAUCACAGAAAUGGUGACUAAGUUUCAGACGGGUGACUUCCAUGUCAUUAAUGGAAUUCUGCGAACUGCACACUCUCUGUUUAAAAGAUAUCGUCACGAGUUCAAAUCGCAACAACUGUGGACAGAAAUCAAGUUUGUUUUGGAAAAUUUUGCGCAGUCUUUUACCGAACUUUUCAAUGCCACCAUGGAAUUGGCCAAGACACACUCCAGUGACCCUAAUGCUCUCAAAGUUAUCUUCAGCUCCAUAGUGCUAAUCUGUAAAAUAUUCUAUAGUCUCAACUUUCAGGACUUACCAGAACACUUUGAGGAUAACAUGGCCAUUUGGAUGACCCAUUUCCUGACACUGUUGAGUGCUGACAACAAAAUCCUUCAAACUGAGGAUGAAGAGGAGGCAGGCCUCCUGGAGCAGGUGAAAUCUCAGAUCUGUGACAAUGUGGCUCUCUAUGCCCAGAAGUAUGAUGAAGAAUUCUCACAACACCUGCCCCAGUUUGUCACAGCCAUCUGGAAUCUACUGGUCACAACUGGUCAACAAGUCAAGUAUGACCUGUUAGUAAGCAAUGCUAUCCAGUUUCUGGCCUCUGUUGCUGAGCGACCAUCAUACAAAAGUUUAUUUGAGGAUCCCGCGACUCUGUCAAGCAUCUGUGAGAAAGUGAUUGUUCCCAACAUGCAAUUUAGAGAUGCUGAUGAAGAAUUGUUUGAAGAUAAUCCAGAUGAAUAUAUAAGGAGAGACAUAGAAGGUUCUGAUGUGGACACGAGACGACGGUCAGCAUGUGACUUAGUACAAGCACUCAGUAAAUCCUUUGAGGGAGUUGUAAUACAGAAUUUCUCCCAGUACAUACAGGCUCUUCUCACGGAGUAUUCUAAAAAUCCUACAGGAAACUGGAAAUCUAAAGACGUGGCAUUAUACCUGGUAACAUCUUUGGCAGCCAAGGCAAAAACAGAGAAGCACGGUAUCACCCAGACGAGCAGUUUGGUAAACAUCACCGACUUUUUCCAGUCUCACAUAGCACCAGAUCUACAAGCCGGUGAUGUUAAUGUCAGUCCCAUUCUCAAGGCAGAUGCAAUAAAGUACCUAAUGGUGUUCAGAAAUCAGUUAUCCCGUGAAUCAUUAACGGCAAGUCUGCCCCACCUGGUACGCUUCCUCAAGGCCACCAGUCUGGUGGUGCACACCUACGCUGCUCACACUAUAGAGAGGAUUUUUAUGGUGCGGAGUCAGGACACUGGAAAACCUGCUGUUACUUAUGCAGAUAUCCAGGGCUUUGCUGGUGAUAUGGUUAAUAAUUUGUUAGAGGCGUUGAAUCACCCUGGGUCAACAGAAAAUGAAUACAUAAUGAAAGCUAUCAUGAGGACAAUGUCUAUGAUGCAGGAAAAUGUACUGCCAUUUAUGGCACAGCUGAUGAAAGUUCUCACAGAAAAACUCAUACAAGUUAGCAAGAAUCCCAGCAAGCCUCACUUCAACCAUUACUUGUUUGAGUCGCUGUGUAUAAGUAUCAGGUCCGUGUGUAAACAUAGUGCGGAAGCUAUCUACCAGUUUGAGCAGGCUUUGUUUACUCCCUUCACAGAUAUCCUACAACAGGAUGUUCAAGAAUUUGUACCAUAUGUAUUCCAAAUGUUGUCGCUGUUAAUGGACUACCAUCAGGAGAUUCCCAGCUCUUACAUGGCUCUGUUCCCGUUUCUUCUGGUGCCAGCCUUGUGGGAAAGACCAGGCAACAUCCCUCCUCUAGUCCGGCUGUUACAGGGAUACAUAGAGAAAGGCAACAAACAGAUAGAGGCAGAGAAACUGAAUGGCUUACUAGGAAUUUUCCAGAAACUUAUUGCCUCUAAAGCAAAUGAUCAUGAAGGAUUUUACCUACUCAAUAGUAUUAUAGAACACAUGCCACAUGAGAUCAUCACACAAUACACAAAACAGAUAUUUGUAUUGAUAUUUCAAAGACUUUCCAGUUCAAAAACAACAAAAUACAUCAAAAGUUUACUGGUUUUCUUUGGUUUGUUUGCGGUAAAGUAUGGAGCAGGGAAUCUUGUGGAUACAAUAGACAGUAUUCAACCCAAAAUGUUUGGAAUGGUAGUGGAACGGCUAUACCUACAGGAUCUACAGAAGGUAUCAGGACAUACAGAGAGGAAAAUCUGUGCUGUAGGAGUGGCCAACAUGCUGACAGAAUCACCUGCAAUGAUACAGACCUAUGAGUCACUAUGGGGUCGUCUACUGCAGGCCUUGAUCAGCCUGUUUGAGUUACCAGAAGACGAGUCGGUCCCUGACGAUGAGCAUUUCAUUGAGAUUGAAGACACACCUGGUUACCAGACAGCGUACUCACAGCUGGCCUUUGCUGGUAAGAAGGAGAGAGAUCCACUGGGUGCCGUUCCGGAUGCUAAAUUACACCUUGCUAAACAACUCGGCAAACUAUGUGCUGCUCAUCCCGGCAAGGUACCUGUUCUGAUCAGCUCGGCCCUAGAGCAGCAAGCCCAGGCUUUCUUACAACAGUACCUAACAGCUGCCAGAGUCCAACUUGGAUGACAGUUAUGACAUUAGGUGUUACCUCCAACAUUAAUCUCCUGCCGGGACUCCAUUCCAUCGUCUUUAUCCACUACAUCUUCAUGGUUACACUUGUAUAAGUAGUAGAAUAGAACUUACGAUGUGUAAAAUGACAGAUUACAUUUGAUAUGGAGAUAUACAGGGAAUACAGUAUCCGAUUUGUCAGAUCAAUUUAUCUACAUCUCACUACAGGACAUAUCCACGUCCCAAUAUGGGUUCCAACAUAAGACUGUUGAUAUACAUCAAUAUCUAACACUGUUGAAAAGCCAAUCAGAUUUGCUUUAAGGAAAGUGUUUAUUUAAUUAUGCUUUGAUGCGACAUGUAUGCAUUUAAAAGUAUUUCUUCCAAUGAUGUGUUUUAAGAACAAGGUCUUGAUAGUUAGAUAUGUUACCAGGUAUAUUUUAGUCAUGCUCACCACUUACCAAAAGCAUUUCUGAUUGACUGUUAAAUGUGUAAGUAAACAAAAUAGUAUCUACCAAAUCUAAUAUUUUUAUGAUCCCUGUUACCCUAUUUGGGCGACAUAUCCUAGUGUUUGAAAAUGAAGUAGAUAGUUGUCCAUAAACAUUCUACCAUAAGCCUAGCUUUAUAUGAAACAAUGCUGACAUUUACAAUUAUUUGUCUGACCAGGACAGUAAGACAUCUGCAUAGCUGGAUUUGUUCUUCUGGGCCUCGCCGUCAGUCACUCUCCGAGUAAUCGGCCAUGCAUGUACUAAGUGCUAGAAAUGUUCCUUUUCAAGUUUGAUAAGGCUAUUCAGUAAAAUAUCCACCGAAUGGUAGGAAUCCAGGGUUGUCUUACAGGGAUACCCACAGAAGUGAUAUAUACACUGUAAUUCAAACAGUACUAUAUAAAAAGCUACAUUUUCUCCAGUACCUGCCUCGCAUUGAAUUUCUUCUUUUUUGGCUUCCUCUCAUAGGAGAUAUAUUUUACUGGAAUAGACUGAAGCUAUGGCUAGAAAAGAACUUGAUAAUACAUUGCCAUGUCUAUCAUCAACAUUCUCUAUAUCAGCGUGGGACAGCUUUUUCUCUACCUUAAAGGUGGUCACUGCCGAAGCAAAUUACAGUAUUCUGAUUAAAUAGAACAAAAUGCAAAUCAAUUGUCUAUAUCUCUAUUUAAAUAUCAUGUAACUAUCGACAAAAUGCGCAAUUACAUCAAUGUAGAUGGAAAAGAAACCGAGAAGCCUGCAUCCUACUUGAUACCAUACUUGGUGUUGUUUUGUUGUUGUUAUCUCAAUAAGGACUUAAUGAAUAACUAAAUUAAACAUUUCAUCCUUGAUUGAGCUGUUAUCGAAAUGAAAGUGACCCUUGCAGUAUUUGUACUGGAAUAUUUCCUGCGAUUCUUGUACAAUUUUCACUAAAACCUAGUUGCAAAGUAGCCUAUAUUUUGAUAUUAUCAUGUCACUCACUCCGAUGACGAAUAUAUAGCUAUUUAAGCUGGGAACUGUCCAAUAAGGUCCAAAAAAGAAGGAAUGGACAUCUGGAGGUAAAAAUAAAUUAUGCAUAAAAUAUUUUCCUGAUCUUUAAUUACAUAGGUGAUGACCACCUUUAGAGAAAACAUUUAAUCCCAUUCUAUCCAGAGUAUCUUGUGUUGUGGUCCCUUGUAGAAUUUUGAUGUAAAGAAGCUUGAUAUUAAAUCAUAGAUUUUUUUCAAUUCAAACAAAAGAUCCACCUAGAUUAAUUAUCUUGUGGGUAAAACACUUAAUUUUACAUGUAGAAAAUUAAGCAACAAGCAUUUAAGGGAUAUUUUUUAUUUUCGCGAUAAAAAGUGCUUUUUGAUGAAUAUGUAUUUCACUUUUGUGUACAAAGUUGCAUGAUGGAUGGAAAUAAACAUUUUUGUUUUCAAAA